ACACGCAGCGACCCCCCGGGGACGUCCCGGGCCAGCCCGGCCCCGGGGACGCUCAAGCCGCCUCGCGGGCCUCCGGCGCGUGAUGGGUUAAAACCGGCCCCGCAGCCGGGACGGGGGGGGCGGGGCCGCGCUGUGGGAGCUUCCGGCCCCCACCGGAAGCCGCCGUCCAAGCCGCUUCCGGGACCCCGGAGGCCCCCGGCCCUUCCCCCUGCGCGCAGCCCCCGCGGCCGGAGCGUGAGUGGAAUCGCUGACUCUGCUGUGCUCAUCCAAAUGGCAAAAUGGGAAGAUCUUUGGGUCCCAAGUUUCCAGGACUUCACAGAAAGGAAACUCUCAAAAGACACCCACCCAGAUGAUGAGAUUGCAAGUGAGAGCGAAGAGGAUGACAGUCCUCAGCCGGAAGGGCCUGAGAAAGUGGAGCCUCAUGGGACAUUAUCAAAAAGAUCCAAAUCAAAUGUUUCCCAGAGUCAGCAGAGCUCAGAAAAGCAGCCCCAAAAGCCUGCAGGGAAGAGACGGGGUAAGUCUGCUCCCCAAGAGAGAGCUUUGGGAAAGCAGCAGAGAAUCCACAAAGGGGAGGUGCCAAAUGCGUGUCUGGAGUGUGGGAAGGUCUUUGGCCGGAAAUCACAUCUCAUUAGACACCAGAGAACUCACCGGCGAGAGAAGCCAACCAUUUGUAAUGAGUGCGGGAAGAGCUUCAGUCGCAGCUCAACCCUCAUUGAGCACCAGAGAACCCACACGGGCGAGAAGCCCUACAAGUGCACUGAGUGUGGGAAGAGCUUCAGCCAGAGCUCCCACCUCAUCACGCACCAGAGGAUCCACACAGGCGAAAAGCCCUACCAGUGCACCAUAUGCGGGAAGCGCUUCCACCAGAACUCGCAUCUCCUGACCCACCAGAGAACCCACACGGGUGAGAAGCCCUACCAGUGUACCCAGUGCUGGGAGCGCUUCAGCCGCAGCUACACCCUGACCAGACAUCAGCGGAGCCACACGGGGGAGCGGCCCUAUCAGUGCCCUGACUGUGGCAAAUGCUUCAGCCUCAACUCCACCCUCCUCAGCCACCAGAGAACGCACACGGGCGAGAAGCCCUACAAAUGCUCUAAGUGCGGUAAGAGCUUCACGCGGAGCUCCACACUCGUCCAGCACCAGAGAACGCACAUAGGGGACAAGAUCUAUACGUGCCCCUGCUGCAACAAGGUGGCCUGCUCUAGCCUGUUCUUCUGAGUCUGGCUGCGGGACCUGCUCCAGCUUGUCCUUCUGAGCCUGGGUGUCAGGCUCGUUCCAGCUUGUCCUUCUGAGCCCGGGCACUGGACCGCUCCAGCCUGCCAUAGGAUUCCUCUUUUCCUGUUUGUGGAUGUAUCCUAAAGAGCAGGGACUGCCAAGGCACUUUGAGAUGCUUUUCCUGUAGGAACCACAGCGAGCACAGCUCCUCAACAGGGGAAAGUUCACACUUUGUUCACCUUUUGUUUUAGUUCAGCGACUUUCCCUCUUGUGCGUGUGCAUGCUGGGGAAUGUAAUACUUCCCUUACAUCUCCCUCCUGAUUUCAUAAUACUGUGCACUUCAAUGCAUUUAAGGAUCUUGGUUCUUCACACACACUAAUGAAGUAGGCCUCCCACAGGUUUGAGAGAUAGGGACAUUUUAAAAAUAAAGAAAGGGAGGUGAAGUGACAUCAGUGAGUCACCAGCAGAGCUGUCAGCUCCCCAGCCAGAAUUCCUCACUUAUCCCAUAUUGCUGUCGUGUUCCCCAGACCUGGUUCUCUGUGUGAGAAAGGAGAAAAGCGAGGGGAAAGCCCCUUUUCGUGGGGUUUGCAAGCUCUGCCAAAAUACAUUUCUGGGGCUGUUUUGCUAAUGAACCUCCCAGCCUUGAGGUUCUGUGGGUGUGGUGAAUGUCAGUCCGUAUGACCUUCACACAGGGCAAGAGUUUCUCCUUAGUUUCUUCUUCCUUAGUGGGCUAAGGCCAGUGACUAGGGUGUGGAGGGCUCUAAGGAAAGCAGACCAGCCCAAAGCAGAAUAGCCUUCCAGAGUUAACACACCUGGAGUUUGUUCCCUGUUUCGUUGGUCGUGGGGAGGAAACCUUUUCCUUUUUGUACGUUAUACCUCUUCAUAUUGUUGAUAAAGAAACCUGAUAAUUAAGCUCAGGAGAGAUGCAGCUGUAUUCAGUUGUAUGAGCAUCUCUCUGUCUUGUUUGACCUAAUGUGUUUCUGAUAGGAAUUGCUCAUUGUUUCUUUAAAGCCCAAAUGAAUUGUGUGGACCCGCAAUAUCAUAGAAAAGGCCUGGAAAAGUACCUGCUUCACUUCAGUUUGCAGCCUGCUAGAAUGAACUUCAGACCAAAGCUCUGAUUCCAUUUACAACAAAGUCCUUGUGGAGCAAGUAAAUCCAACUCUUUCCUCUGCGGUCAGCUGAUCUGCAACUUCUUGAGUAUUGUCUUUGCUGCAGAGUUCGCUCUUACCGGGUGUUGCCCCUAAUCUCACCUCCCACACAACCCUCUCACACAAGUUAACUGUGCCUUCUGUCCCAGCUAGCUGGCCUGGGUACAGCUGCAGGUUGGAGCCUGGGUACCACUUUCACUUGGGCUAGUAACCCGCCCAUUUGCAAUGAAGAUGCGGGCUAAAUCACUCGCGUGCUGAUAGUGGAAUUAUGGGAAGGCAUUGGAAGACUGUGUGCCCUGAAGGACUGACAAGUUCUCCCACAAUUCACUAGGAAAAAAUCCGAGUGGCUGAUCUUACUGCAGCUCAAAAAACCAUGGGAUAUAGCUCUAGAAGUCCUAGCAACACAAGUGGGGGAGCGAAGCACCAGUGAGAACAUUGUAAUGUGGGUGUGGAUUUAUAGGGUGGUCACUCACGCCCGGCUGUUAAUGACCCAAGCUAACUCUGCAGUGAAGACAUACUCUAAGGAUUUUUUUGAGCUGUGUGUUAAACCAGUGGUUCUCAACCUUUCCAGGCUACUGUACCCCUGAAGCUGAGACCCGCGGCAUGGGGCUGAAGCCUGAGCCCUGCUGCCCAGGGCUGAAACAUGUAACUUAGCUUCACGUGGCCCCAGGUAACUGCCCUGCUUGCCAUCCCCUAAUGCCAGCUCUGUACUUGCAACCCCCUUAAACCCAUCCCACGACCCCCCUGGGGGUUGCAGCCCACAAGUUGAGAAACACUGAUCUAGAUGAGUUGACGUACCCCCUGGAAGACCUCUGCGUACCCCCAGGGAUACACGUCUGGUUAAAAACCACUGUGUUAAACCAUCUACAUUUGAAAAUGCUCAGUCACCAGCAGGGAGACAGUUCUGAAGGCAAGAAAAGCUUGAGUCUUGACUCAACACUUCACUGCCACCAGGGAACCAUAAAUGAGCCGCAAACUGUCUCCCUCUUCCUGGCAAGAACUCCAGCAGUUUUCUGCACUCCCUAUGUGAUCUUUAGCUACCAGCUUAGGACUGGCUUAAAAUUAUACUUUAUCAUCUACAAAAACAUCAGCUUUGAGCGAGCUGCUAGAAAAUGAAAAUUAGGUGGUCCUGCAGUUAUCAGAAAAGCCUGGAAGGAAUUGAAAGAGAUGCUUGUACAGGAGCCAGGAUUAAAGGUCUGUAUAAGUUGAAGGCCUGUACAAAUCUUAAUAGGUGCCUCGCAAUUUGAUUUUGGAAUAGUGGGAAGAAAGCUGACAGUUUACAGUUUAUGCUUUCAGGUCACAGAGAUGCAGAAACUAGAUGCACAAAUACAAACAGAGCUGUUGGGAUAUUGCUUAAGUGCUAGGAGAAAUUUUGACCAGAAAGCAGAGGCUGAAACAGACCCAGGUCUCUAUAGCAUAUUACCUGUUCUAUAAGAGUGCAAAGUAUGAUGAUAAAGCUACAGAUGUGAGAGAAAGCUGUGUCAUAGCAAUGAAGUGUUGCCAGCUGAUGCCCUAUCCAUACUUGCUGCGUUAGAGAAAGAAGCUGAGGAAGAGAGAGAUGGAGAUAUAAGCUUGGUGAUCCCUUUGCACAGCAAGUGAAAAGCCACAAAGAGGGAAAACAAUUAUGAAAGGAUGGCCAAAGGUAAUGCACAGCAGUCAGCAAGAGACUAUGGAGGUUACAGAUAUAAAUGUACAGCAAUGAAUGGCAUGAUUGUUCAUAGGCAUAAAACUAUUAUACUGCAGUGACUUUACCAGUGAAUGCUACAGGGAGGCUAUUUGGGAAUCAUAUGUAAAAGAAAUAAACCCAGAGGCUUCUCAAAUGUGAGUAAGCUAUUUGUUCUACUUGAGAUACAAUCUACAGACCCAUGAUUCCCUGUCUGAUACUACAGAGGCUAUCAAAUGGUCAGAGAUGGGCCAAAUCAAAACUCUGCAUUGGAAUACCCUGAAGUUUUGCGGAGGUUCGAAUGUGGAUCUGAACUGCUUGAUUCAGGCCCAGCUAUGCCAGUGGAUAUCAUGGAUUCUCAUGUGGCAAAGAAUAAGUGAAGUUCAUUACUGAUUAUUGCUCUUUGCACCCUGAAAUGUGAACAUUUGAAAGUAUCUUUGUAAGACAUGGAAUUCCAGAUUAAAAACCCAGAUGUUUAAAGGUUUUUAGGCAGUGUUCCAUUCAGCAUUGCAAGGCUUAAGGCCCAGAUUUCUAAGGGUAGUUAGGGUGUCUAACUUCCACUGGGAGUUAAGGACCUAACUAUCUUUAAAAAUCUGGGUUUAAGUGAUUUAGAUGGCUAAAUCCCAUUUUCAAAAGUGACUUAACAGCCUAAAUCAUUGAAGGACAUUGAUUUCAAUAGGAGUUAGGAUCUGGGUCUUAAGUGUUUGUCACUUUUGAGAGUGUGAAUUAGCCAUCUAAGUCACUUGGGGUAGAUUCACAAAGGGGACUUAGGUGUUUCAACACCUAUUUCCCCAGUGCCCUUCCACCCAGUGGAAUUCACAGCCCUAAGUUAUGCAUCCAGGCUCCCCAAGCAUUGUAUGGGGAAAGUUAGGUGCCUGAUAAAGGGAUUCUCAGAAGCCAGCAAGCUGAGCAGGGAGCCACCGUAGCCAGCCAGGAGUGAAAUGCACAGGAAAGGGCAGGGGUUAGGACCCAGCUCCACAAAGGUACUCCCAUUGUUCUGGGCCUUAAGGAUCUGACCGACAGGUGGGAGAGAUUCUCAGCUGUGGGGAGCUGCGGUGGAUGCUCCACCUGCCCUGGGUGUGGCUCUUACCAUCAGAGCCCUGCGCAGAUACAAAAUUUGUGUCCCCAGCCACACUGCUAUCUGCAGAAAUCGUCCACGGAUAUAAAGCGGAUACCCGUGGGUUUGCAGGGCUCUAGUUCUGGCACUUGCUUGGGAGGUGGGAGACCUGUUUUCAAACCCUUGCCUGAUUUGGAGCGGAGAUUUGAAUCAAGGUCUCUCAUCUCCCAAGUGAGCGCCCAUACCACCAGGCUAUUGGGUAUUCUGGGGUGGCUCUUUCUGGCUCUUCUGUUGAACCUGUUCCAUUUGGUAUUAAAUAAAUAUUCCUGGGGCCAAAGGACACGAGGGAGAGGCUGAAUAGCCUGAUGAUUAGCACACUUGCCUAGGAUGUAGAAGCAGCAGGUUCAAGUCCCUGCUCUGGUAAAUAUACAAACUGGAGUCACUCCAACAGGAGAGGGCUCCAACCCAGAAUAGCUUGGUGGUUAGGGCAUUUUCCAGUAAGAUGGGAAACCUGGCUUUAAGUCCUUCCUUCAAAUCAGGCAGAGCAAGCAUUUAAAACUGGUAGAAACUGGGUGUUUAGUGGGGACUUAGGCUUAGGUAGCAACUGAGUGGUGAUUUUUUGAAUGUCUGAGAUGCCUAAAAUGUUGGAUUUAUGAGCCUAUAUCCCUUUGUGAAUAUAGUUCUACACUUUGCAACAGUGGGCAGAGCAAUAGCAAAAUACCUUUAAGAAAGUGGGCCAAAGUGUUCAGUGCUAUUAGAACAGAAUGUUCCCCCCACAGAAAUUAAGCAGCUUUCAGUUGGUGUAGAUUUUAAGCAUAUGAUUUCAACUUCUAACCAUUUUAGAUCAAAUGGGCUAAACAGGAGCUUAGUACAGAUGGUGAAGAAGUGGAUGAAGACGCUACAAAUCCUUUGGAUCAGCUCCAUGCAUGCAUUAGUAGACGAGGGAGAGUCACCAACUCAAUUGUUGAGAAGAGGAAUGAAAAUUUACCUUCCCAGCAAGAAAGAAGCUAAACAAGACUCAGAAUGAAGAGAGAAUAAGAUGAAUGAGAACCAGAAAAUUAAACAAAGUUACGUUGAUUUUUCAAAAAGGAAAGGAGUACUUGUGGCACCUUAGAGACUUACCAGUUUAUUUGAGCAUAAUAAAUAAUAAAUAGCAAAUAAAUUGGUUAGUCUCUAAGGUGCCACAAGUCCUCCUUUCCUUUUUGCGAAUGCACACUAACACGGCUGUUACUCUGAAACCUGUUGAUUUUUCAGAAGAACACAUUCUUCCAUCAUUUUAGCUUUGGCAACAUCGUGCAUCCUUGUGCCUACACCACAAAGAGGUGAUUAGAAAAGCAGAGAGAGCUCCAAAAUCCUCGCAAGUGUAUAAUGUGUUUGCUGCCCUUUGAUUUAAUAAACACGCCCUGAGCUCACAGAUACGAAGUCUCCUGCAGAUGACCCCUUAGAACUUGUCAUUGUGGGACAGAAUAGAGAAAAAUGGAGAGGUUAAUUAAUCUGAAGAAGAUAAUACAUUAAGAAACUCUUAAACCACUACAAAUUAAAAGUGUCAUAAGUCUUUACAGAAAUAAUUGUAUAAGGAGGUAAACGCUUGCUGGAGGGUGAAGUGCAAGUUGCCUCUUCUGCUUGGAGAAGCAGAACAUACAAAGUAGCUGAUUUCUGAGUAUGUGAUGUUGAAAUGUAUAUUGUAUACAUUGAGAGACAGGAAGGCAUUGUUUAAAAGAAGGACGAGAUAGUGAUAUAAAUACUAGACUUAAUAGAUGACUCUUAGAAUGUUAACAGGUAUAUGAGAAUUUGGAGAUGAUCCUGAAGAAUUAUUGAUCGAGGGCAAAAUUCUGCCCUGGCUUCUGCACCAUCCAAUCCCCCUGAAGGCAGUGGGGGUUGUUAGGGCAGGACGUGCCAUGUUGUUUUGAAGAAAACAAUUGACUUGAUGGUGCAGCUGUGAAUUCAAGCUGAACAAUAAACUAGUUAUUCUUCUCA